CAAAUGACUAGCUAAACAUUUUACGAUUUCGGUUGUUUGUAAAUUCAAUGCCAGAGUGCGGUCUGGGCGUUCGUAAAUCCAGAGCGUAGUCAGAUUGUCAGUUCAUAAAUUAGAAGCGUUCAGAGCGCACACCGUACGCUCUGGCCGGGGAGUAGGGUUGGUCUGAGCAUUCAGCAGCGGUCAAGCACCCAAGUUAACGAUGGCUAGCUAGAGAACACUUUUUGGGGGGGGCUAGCUAGAGAACACCUCACUCUGACCAUUUUACUCGCCCUAGUAGAGCUGGUUAGGCCAUUUUCAUUUUAUAUUGAGCGUUGGUGACACCGACCAUAUUCAUCCAGUGUUUAGCAUUCGUAAAUUCAUCAGUUAUUCUGCGCGAGAAUGCUCUGAAAUCGGAGUAGUAGUUAAUAAUACUGUCUGGCAAGUUCGAUGUAUUAGUAGCCAACUAGAGUUGGGUAGAUAGCUAACAUAUCAGUACCUACUGCUCUAAUGCUAUGCGGUUUGUAAGGAUGUAGCUAAUAAAUUGUCAGCCAACAUAGCGUGUAACGUAAGUUAUUUUAAAAGUGAUUACAUUGCUCAACAUUUUUUACAAUUUGUCAUAAUUAGUUAAAACAAUUCAUUUGUUUUUGCCUUCGUCAGACUUCGUCAAUUCUUUUCAAAUAUGAAAAGGUGAAGCCACGCCCAUUUUCGGAAGAACUGCAUUAUGGGUCCUAAAAGCACGGAAAGUGUCCACUUGCAUGUGUACUUCGUAUUUUGGCGAAUUUAGCACGAGUUUCGGGAACUUUUGACAUACUAACUAUAUCCAUACUAUGACCAGUAUACAAUAUACUCAAAUCCCGUCACAAAUAGUGCGGUUGGUAGCAGAUUAUUCAUCUUAGAUUUAGUGAAGAUAAUAAUUGGAGGGUGGUCUCACACUCCAGUACAGUAGGUGGCGGUGUAUGCACCUUUCAGUUGGUUGCGAUCCGAAAAUACAAAUGUAAAUAAGUAGGAAACGGAAGUGAAUAGUGAUCAAGAACAAUUUUCACGUUAGCGUUUUUGUUUUGUUAUUUAGACAUUUAUUAACACUCUGGAACUCAAUGCGAUUCAUUUUAACUGCAAAACAUAAUAUACUAAUAUACUCGGGUAGUCUUUAAUUCGCGUUGAAGACAUGACUUGGUUGAUAGAUGUUAUCUAGGUAACGCUAGCUAGCUGCUAACGUUAGUUAACAAUGGCUAACGGUAUGGUUUUUCACACUCAAAUAGCCUCGAUUAUGGAGGUGCUAGCGAAUGCAGCCGUGGCAGAGAUCUGUAAACUCGUAGACGACGACUAUGCAGUGUGUCGUUUGGAAAUAACUCAAAGCCAGAAAGAAAACAGGGGAUUGCGGAGGAAACUACAGCUACUGGAAAUGAAGGUGUCACGGGAGCGCGCAGAGAGGACAAUACGAGAGCGCGUCCUCGGCAGUCGUCCCAGUAGUGUCAAGAUCCUCGACCGAUACAGAGGAAUGGCUAGAGGUGAAGGACAUCUCACCGGAGGCCACAGGAGCUUUAUGAAGCCAGCGGGACACAAUACAUGGAGAGAUGACCAACCCAUAGCUGUAGAUGAGGGGAGUGGAACCUCAACCCAGCAUGUUAUCGUGAUAGAGUCUGCAGAUGCAGAGGCUGCAGGUCCUGAAGGAUCGUCUCUGGUCAAGAAGGAGAGGACUGAAGGAGAGGACCCACUGCACAGCGGAGACAUCCAGACUGGAGCAGUGGCUACAGUGGCACCUCCUGUAGCCACGGAGGACCUCACGACUGCCGCCUCGCCCCAGCCCAGGACCGGACGCAGCAUCACGGAGGAGGAGGAGGGUCCAGAGGUGCUGCUGGUGAAGGAGGAGGGUCUGGGGAACCCUGAGGGGAACAUGGUCAUGGAGGACAACCAGACUACAUCUCCUCCUGAACCCACAGAGGAACCAGCUGAGCAGCACAGGACCACACACAGUCUCACUGAGUCAGUAGACAUGGAGGAUGGGAAGCCUGAUCUGCUGCUGGUCAAAGAGGAGACAAUAGAAGACGAACCAGAGAGCAUUGACCUGCUGAGUGGACUAAAGAUGGGGGAGCAAGAUGGUUGGCCAGAGGCUAACAGAGGGGACUGGGCAGUCAUCUUGAAUUCCCAGACCCAGACGGGUGCAGCCAAGGGCCCGGGGGAUGACAUCACUGAGCAGGGCAGAACCAGAGGUGACAUAGUGGAGUCUGCAGUUCAUGAAGACCUGAGGAUAUCUGGUGUUGCUGGCAGGAGAGACUGGGCCUCUGAGAUGGCUGGUCACAAACCUUGGCUCCUGAUCAGGACCCUGAAUCAGGAGCCAUCGCUCUUCCUUCCCGAUUCGGAACGGGGACCGAAUCGCGAGGGGCUGAGACUCCAACAAUACACAGAACACAAUCAGUGGACAGGUGGACUGAACAACCUCAGUCCUGGUGGUCAUCAGAGAGACAGAGGCUCCAGUCAGGGAUCCAGUCUGCAGCCCAGACCCUUCUCUUCACAGUCUCAGUGCAGGGAUGGAGCAGGGCCUGGGGCUGAUAGAGAUAAACCCUCCUGUUCCUAUGAUACAAACACCACAGUAUCCAUGAUGAACAGAGCAGGUCACCCUGAGCUUCAGCCUUCACAGAGAGUGGUGGGAGACCCCCCUGGUGAUAGUCUAGCAGCAAGUCUGUCUUCUCCUUCAGGGUCUCGUCUAAUGCCUGUUGACUGGGUUCAUAGAAGUCCUGGACCUGGGUCUAGCCUUCCUCAGCUACCUCAUGGUUACCCCACCAAUACAGACAGGGUCAGGAUGGGCUUUCACCACAAGAGGUACCUAGCCUAUAACACAGCACACAAUCCAAACAACACCCAAACAAUGGCUAGAGGUCAAGGAGGGAGCUCAAACACUAACCACCUGAGGGUGGUGGCUCCUGCUUCUACCUCCUCUGGUGUCAUUGGAUCACAACGUGGGAGGCCUAGCGUUAGCACGGACGAAGAAAAGCCAUACACCUGCCCCACGUGUGGGAAACGCUUUGCUAAGGCGACCUAUGUAAAGAAGCACCAGACCAUUCACAUCAAGGAGAAGCCCUUCAAGUGCAAAUUAUGUUACAAGAGCUUCUCAUUCCUGAGUUACCUUAUCAGACAUAGGAGUGUCCACAACAGGGAGAAAUCAUAGCAUUGUGUCCUGAGAUGUACACAGGGGAUAUCUGGAAACAAUUAUUUAGCUGAAAUAUUAUAUUUCACAUGUGAAAUGUCCUGGAGUUUUAGGGGGAUUACCAAGUCCCUCAGUUGAGCAUCUGGGUAAACUCACAUUCUCACAUGAUACAGACAUCUUGUUUGGUGUGCUGGCAUAGCCAAAACACUGCCAUGUUACUGAAGUGUAACACUGUAUUCCCCCUCUGAAUUUGGUUUUGCUUAUGUUCUAUUCAUAAUAAAUAUGUCCCUCUUUUUUUUUAAACAACUGUUAUAAUACCCCCCCCCCAUACACACUCACACUCACACACACAAUCAGGUUGUACCUGGUCCUUUAUUUACUAAAAAUAGGUGAUCAAAAUACACCCUCUUUUUUUAUAACACCUUUAUAACAAGCCAGGUCUGUUGAGAUGAAGAGGUCCAAAAACAACCUCUACUGUGUCCCUUUCCCCUAUAGCCCUCCCAUGGCACUGGGUAGUAGGUUGGACUUCUCCCUAAUCAGAUAUUUGUCAUCCUCCCCUCUAUCAACUUUCAUCUCCCAUGUAUUUUAUGUGUAGUAUUGUUAUGCAUCUUCCAUGGUUGUAGCAAACAUUGCCGCUCAAUAAUUGACUUCCUCAGCCACACAAGUCAUUGCCUGACGAAUCAAACUAAAUUGUUCCGAUGCUCUAUCGUUCGCUACAUGCUUCAGUCUGAGACUGCCAUCAUUGAAGUCGUUUGUGGUGACGUCAAAAUGAGGGGUGUUUUACAAAACAAAGUCAUCAGCGAUUGGAUCAUUUCUAACCAGUCAGUGUCAAAGACAAUGAUGAAUUUUCAAAACGCAGCUUUACCCAAUGUGUGUUCUGGCUUUGGCCCAACCCAUCAGUUUCUGGGGCCAAUCAGAACAGUUAGAAUGUGUUUGCGUUUUAGGAGUUGUCAGGGAGGUACUCAGAUCCAGACACAUUGCGGAGCGUUUGGCAUAGCGUUUGGGUAGCCAGGCAAAACAAGUCACACUCAAAGUUAGCUGUAUUUAUACUGACGUACGUCACCAUGUCAAUAGCCUGAAGGCUUCAGGUCUUGUGAUGACUGGGGUAAAAUAUUAAACAUGAACGAAUGUGCACCUGUACUUGAGAUUGCGGAGUGACUGGAUGGCUCUUCAAACUGUUUAGGAUGGUAAUUAACCACAUGCCCCUCAUUAACCCUUUGUUCAAUUCAACCCUCAUUCAAUUCACUGUUCUUUCUAAACAAUUCUGCUCUGAGCUUGAAAGAUACUGUGGUUAUCAUGAGGAGGAUUUUUUAAAUGUAUUAUUAGGACCCCCAUUAGCCAACACCAAUGGCAAAAGCUAGUCUUACCGGGGGGGGGGGGGGGUGUUAAUCAAUUACACACGUCAAUACAUCCACACAACAGGUAGGUGACAUGGGGGUUGGGCAUUGUGUCGUGAGGUGUUGAUGUAUUCGUUUUUUGCUAACCAGGUUUGCUGUUCACUUGCACUGUAUGAAAUUGAAUGGAGUUCCAUGCAAUCCUGGCUCUGUAUAAUACUGUACGUUUCCUUGAAUUUGUUCUGGACCUGGGGACUGUGAAAAGAACCAUGGUGGUAUGUCUGGUGUGGUAAGUGUGCGUGUGUCAGUGCUGUGUGUAAGUUCACCAUGCAAACAAUGUGGAAUUUUGUUACACAUUCAUGUUUGUUAUAAAAACUAGAAGUGAUGCAGUCAUUUCUCAACUCUUAGACAAGAGAGACUGGCAUACAGAGUAUUGAUAUUAGCCCUCCGAUUACAAUGAAGAGC